AUGAGACCUUCAGUUCUUUAUGCUUUAGCUGUUUCGCUUUUGGCCCAGUCCGCUUUGGCUGCUCCUGUCUCGUCGACAACCCAGGGGAACUUUUUUCAGCAGUAUCUCGAGUCUGUCGCUGAAAACUUUGGCCGACAAACACAGCAGGAGACAACUCUUUCUACAGCUGUAACUUCGCUGACUGCAAGAACAUACACAGAGCCUGCUCCUACUCUGGACUCUCAUCAGUCUCAGCUGCCCUUUGCGCUUGCAAACGAGUCUGACAACCCUAGCGCAGAUUCUCCCGACAGUACUGCUACCGAUGCAAACAGCCCUGAAGACAGUCCACAGAGUACUGCCUCUCCUGACACUUCUAUCACGCAUACAAACAGUCCUGACGACAGUCCGCAAAGUACUGAUUCCCCUGAGAGUGUUACUUCAUCUCCUGACACUUUUGAUGCACAACAAAAUGUGCAGAACAGUGAAGACAGAGAAAGUCCACUGCUCGCAAGCUCUCAAGAUGAUGAACCUGCACUGUCCAAACCUACACAACAACCAGCGGUAUCUACUCCGUCGGAAUCAACUCCGACAGUGCAGCCUGAACCUUCACCUGCAGCGACUUCUGCGCAGACUGCUUCACCAGAACCUUCGCCAGAGCCUUCUCCAGAACCUUCUCCAGAACCUUCGCCAGAGCCUUCUCCAGAACCCUCUCCAGAACCCUCUCCAGAGCCUUCACCAGAGCCUUCACCAGAGCCUUCACCAGAGCCUUCACCAGAGCCUUCACCAGAGCCUUCUCCAGAGCCUUCUCCAGAGCCCUCUGCACAACCUACUUCUUCAUCUGAGGUUCCCCGUGAGACACCGGAGGCAUCCACGGCUGGACCUGUACCCUCAGAGACCGCUCCAGCUCCGAAGUCUUCAUCUGAAAGUGCUCCAGAAACACAUGUGGAAACUUCUUCUCCAGCAAAGGCUAUUGAUUCUUCUGGUACCGAGACAGGGACUGCCACCGCGCCGGCUCCAUCUUCGUCAGAGAAAGCCCCUAUUGCUUCGAUAUCUGGUAACAUACCAUCUUCGAACCCAACGUUGGAUUCAGGCUUUGACAAUGCUCAACAAGCUGUGACAAACACGGAUGACGCAAACUUAAGUUCAGGCGUUUCUUCGACUGAGACCGAUGCAUCUCAGACCGACAACCAGCGGAAUACAGAUGCUCCAGUGUCUUCAAGCGAUUUACCGGCAACUUCUACAGAUGGUGCCCCGGCUUCUGUACCCCCUAGUCUGACUGGUGACAAUGCUCAGCAAACGGCAACCGGCACAGAUAUUUCCGAAUCUCCUACCAAUGCUCCAGUUCUGCCAACGGAGCUGCCAGUUGCCCCAACUGAUGCGCCAGUGUCUCCUACUGAUGUAUCUUCAAACUCAGUUCCUGGGGAACCUAAGUCUAGAACAAGCUCUCCGAAUGCUCCUGGCGCAACGGACACUGAUGUGCCUUCCCUGCCCUCAGUAAGUCCAUCGAAUGUGCCUGCAACGGACUCUAGCAAUACACCCGCACCUAACACGCCAUCUGCAUUGCCAGAAAGUUCGAGCAGCAUCCCCCCGCAGCCAACUUCCAGCGAUAUUCCAGCUCCACCACCUUCAAGUGCAAUUCCAGCUCCACCACCUUCAAGUACAAUUCCAGCUCCACCACCUUCAAGUACAGUUCCAACUCCACCAUCCUCAACUGCUGUUCCAGUCCCACCACCCUCAAGUGAUAUUCCUAAGACAGAAUCAACGUCGAGUGUGGUCCCUCUUCCCCCACCGAGUGAAAGUUCGGCUGUUCCACCUUCAAGUGAGGUUCCACCAAAUGUGGUUUCUAGUUCGACUCCUAUCGUCGUUCCUCCAACUUCUAGCACCCCAAGCAUCAUUGCCUCGGACUCUAAUGUUGUUCCAGCCACAUCUACUUCUUCCGUUCCACUUGUUAAUCCAACUGUCUCGAGUUUGGAAACUUCGUCGACAGUGCCAAUUGUUCUGCCAACAACAUCUGUGCAGACGUUGUCCCAGCAGACCUCAACGCCGCUGGAAGUUGCCGUUCCACAAUCUCUGGAAGUUUCUACUCCUUCUACUGACACGUCAGUAACCACAUCGGUGACUCCAGUGCUGGAGCAACCUUCGCAAUUAGUAGAGACUACAAGUACUUCGUCAGCCGAAAACACCAACGAGGUCUCAGCACCAGUGGCUACUUCUACUAAACUGGCCCUGGUACCAGAAACCACAGAAUCAGAGCCUGUUUCCACUGCGGAAAACCCUGCUUUCACGCAAUCAUCGAAAACAGCUGCUGCUUCACCUUCCUCGGCUCCUCAAGUUUCUCCAGCUCCUGAAUCACCUACCACGAUUCCGGCUGCUCCCACGGAAACCACGAGUGCUAUUAUACCACCAAACACCAUAACCGCUUCUCCUGCCCCACCAGCGUCUACUGCAAUCCCCGCUCCUGUUUCCCCAUCAAAUACACCGGGUGCUACUAAGUCCACUUCAAACUGGUUGCCCACACAAAUCAUUGCCGCUUCCGACACACAGAGUCUUAUUGUUGCGUCGCAUACGUCAUCCCCAGAAACGUCCGGUUUGCCUAAAGCUAUCACGCCAGCCACAACUGCAUCUCCAGGUAGCGACUACCAAAUUAUCACCAUCGGCUUUAAGGAAGCGUUGAACUAUCCAUUUGUUGUUGAACACUCUCUUUCUUCGGCUCAGAUCUUCGAUUACUUACCUCGUGUGUUAGUUUACCCAUUUUCUGAUAAUGAUCUUUUCGCUAAUGUGACUAUCAAGAGCUUGGUUCCAUACACUGCAGCAGGAAUCGAUUAUCUCAUUACGGUGGCGGAAGUAUACUUCCCUAUUGAGUCCGUGGCAGCAUUACAACUGCUUGUUUUGCUGACAGACUCAAAAUUGUACAGCAACCCGGACAGCACUGAACGAAUGUUGGCCUCGUUGAUCGAUAAUAGAAUUCCCCUCUCUGGAUUGGAUACAUCUUCUUCCUCAGGCUCAUCUUCACUGAAUUAUGGAUCGAUGGAUUCAUCCAAUUCCCCUGUGAAGGAGAAGGGUACCGUGGCAGGUGUCGCUACAGGUGCAGGUUUGGGAAUGAUUCUUUACAUGUCAUUGAUGGCAUUCUUGUUCAAGAAGUUCAAGAAGAGAAAAGCUUUGGAGCUUCCUCCUUCGGACUCCGAAAGCAACUUGGGCAAUCAAUCUCCAGUUCAAAGUAACGGCUCUGGUGGGAGACCACAGAUUUCGCAACCAGUGAACACGUUCAACUCGCUUGGCUGGGCACCAUGA